AACUUUUCCCCGAGUUUGAUCGAUGUCGUUAGCCCUUCACGACCCUGAUCUUGUUGGUGAUGUCGAUCCCGAAGCUGAAGACAGAGAUGAGUUUCACAUGGAAGAACUGCUAAAGGAGUGGACCGACGAACCACCAAUUCGCCACGAUGUGUACCCGGAGAGUGAUGAUGAGGAAAACGCCGACGGUUCUGGAAGAUUUGACACACAUAUCAGGCGUGGUGAUGGGUUUUUGUACCACAAGCAGAGUUUUUUCAGUGGGGUUGCGUUCAAAGAGGCGGUAGUUGAUUACGCUCUCAGAACCGGCUGCAAUAUAAAGCAGUACAGGUAUGAUUCCGAUAAAAUUGGGUUCAUAUGUGUUGGUUGUGAUGGGAAAAAAGGUGGAGCUAAGUGUGAGUGGAAAGUUUAUGCGGCCAUUCUCAAGAGUGAUAAUAUGUGGAAGAUUAGGAAGUUUGUUGACACACAUAGCUGUAUCCCUAAUGGAGAAUGUGAGAUGUUUAAAGUGCCACAUAUAGCUAGGUUAUUUGUUGAUAAGAUUAGGGAUAGUCCUGAAUUUUACAUGCCCGCAAAGAUUGAAGAAAUAAUUAUGGAACAAUGGAAGAUUAGUGUCACUAGGAAUCAAUGUCAGUCUGCGAGAAAGAAGGCUUUGCAAUGGAUUGAGAAAGAGUAUGAUGAUCAAUUUGCAAGAUUAAGGGAUUAUGCGGCUGAGAUAGUUGAAUCAAACAAGGAUUCACGGGUUGAAGUUGAAUGUCUCACGAGUGCUGAAGGUAAAGACAUGUUCAAUCGGUUCUAUGUAUGUUUUGACAGUCUUAGAAAGACAUGGAAGGAGUCUUGUAGGCCUCUAAUAGGCAUUGAUGGUUGUUUUCUAAAGAAUAAGGUUAAGGGACAGUUACUUGUAGCCUUAGGUAGGGAUGCAAACAAUCGCAUAUAUCCUAUUGCUUGGGGAGUUGCUAAAGUAGAGAACACAGAAAACUGGGUGUGGUUUAUUAAGCUGCUGAAAGAAGACUUCGGAUUAAGAGAUGGUGAAGGCUUCAUCAUGAUAUCUGAUAGGCAAAAGGGUUUAAUCAAAGCGGUUGAGCUUGAGUUACCAAAGAUAGAGCAUCGGAUGUUUCGUCUCGUUGAUGGUGAUAAGUAUAAUAUGAUGAAAAGUUUGGCUAGUGCGGUCGGAGGGAAGACGGCGAGGGCAUGUGAUAGCUGCGUGAAGAGGCGGGCACGCUGGUAUUGCGCAGCUGAUGAUGCCUUCCUUUGUCAUGCUUGUGACGGUUCGGUCCACUCGGCGAACCCUCUUGCUCGUAGGCAUGAGAGGGUUCGCUUGAAGUCGGCUAGCUCCGGGAAGAAUCGCCAUGCUUCCUCCUCCUCACCGUCUCACCAAUCUACGUGGCAUCAGGGAUUUACACGUAAAGCUCGGACCCCACGUGGAGGCAAGAAGAGCCACACGAUGGUUUUUCAUGAUCUUGUGCCGGAGAUGAGCACAGAGGAUCAGGCGGAGAGCUAUGAGCAGCUCAUCUUUGAGGUGCCGGUGAUGAACCCGAUGGUUGAGGAGCACUGCUUUAACCAAUCCGUGGAGACAAAGGUCGAGUUUCCGAUGAUGCCCUUAAGUUUCAAGAGCAGCGACGAAGAAGAUGACGACAACGCUGAGAGUUGUCUGAAUGGUUUGUUCCCAACCGACAUGGAACUAGCUCAGUUCACAGCUGAUGUGGAGACUCUACUCGGUGGAGGGAUGGAGCGACAGUUUCAUUCCAUAGAAGAGCUAGGGUUAGGUGAGGUGUUAAAGAUCGAAAAAGAGGAGAUGGAGGAAGAGGAAGGAGUUGUGACAAGAGAAGUGUUCGAUCUAGAUGAAUCUGAGGAGACUUCUCCAUUUGAAAUAAGCUUUGACUACGAGUACGCACACAAGACUACAUACGAAGAAGAAGAAGAAGAUGAGAAAGAAGGUGUGAUGAAGAAUAGAAUGGAUGUGGGAGUGAAUGAGAUGAGUGGUAGGAUUAAGGAAGAGAAGAAGGAGAAGGCUCUUAUGCUUAGAUUGGACUACGAAUCUGUGAUUUCCACUUGGAAAGGCCAAGGGAUCCCAUGGACCGCCGUAGAGCCAUCUGAAAUUGACCUCGACAUGGUUUGUUGCCCAACCCAUUCCUUGGGUGAAAGUGGAGAAGCUCAUCAUCACAACCACUUCCGCGGCCUAGGGUUACACAUGGGAGAGGCUGGGGAUGGAGGAAGAGAGGCUAGGGUUUCAAGAUACCGAGAGAAAAGGAGGACAAGGUUGUUCUCCAAGAAGAUAAGGUACGAGGUACGUAAAUUGAAUGCAGAGAAAAGGCCUCGCAUGAAAGGAAGGUUCGUGAAGAGAUCUUCAAUUGGUGUUGCUCUCUAAAGAAAAUUAGUUAUGGAUAUUUAAUUACUCUGCUCUCUUCUUGCUUUUUUUUUUUUGCUAGUUUUGGUGAUUUUUAGCCUUUUUUCCUGCAUUCAAAGAGAAAUUUUGCACGUUUUUGUGAGCUACGUAUGUACAUAUAUCACCAAAAAUGUGACUAUCUUGUAAACACUGAUCUAUAUAGUUGAUAUAACGUGAAUUUUGAUUAAUUGGUGGUAAUUAAUAUGCUGUCAUAUG